AUGCAAUUGUUCGGUAAAGUGUCGAGUUUCAUUUCCUUAUUGUUAGUUCAAUGCAUAUUCCUUUCUCAGUACGUUAAAGGGCAAGCUUUUCAAAUUGACAAGGCAAGCAUAGAAUUCCCAAAUUCUGAAGAAAUUGAUACCAUUGCCUUGGGCUCCAUCGAUUCUCAAUUUAAUAAAUUUGAUCAACCAAUUGAAAUCCAUAAAUCUGAUGAAAUCAUUGAAUUUAAGUUCAGUCUUAAUAACUUAGAAGAACAACCAGCUCAAGUCACUUUAUUAUUUGGAUUACCUCAAGAAAAUUUAGAAACCACAUUAUAUCCAACUAUUCAAAAAAAUGAUAGUAUUAGUGAGGAGGAGAAACCAGUAUUUGACUACACAUUCGAAAUCAAAAUUCAAGAUUUGGACCCUAUCUUAUUAACUCAUUCCGUUCAUGAAUUGAAACCAUUAGUGUCCACUUUAAUCGUCGCUGAUGAAUCAUUUGAAUCUCAAGAUAACUUAUUCGUCCCAAUAUUUGAUCUCUUCAUUGUCAACAAUGUCAUUCAAGAUGAUAAUAAUAAGAUUCUGAAUGAUCCUGAAAGAUUAGGAGCUAAAGAGGAAAUCCGUUACACAUUUGCUGAAUCACCAAAGACUGUAUCUCCAUUCUUAUCCUACAUUUUCAUGGGAUUGAUCACCUUUGCCACUUUGGUUUUAUUAAUUUCUUGGAGUUCAUCUGGAGCUAUUAAGUUUGAUAAUUUACCAAGUGGGUUGGAUUUCAUUUAUUUCCUCGUAUUUUUGGGAGCUAUUGUUGGAUUCGAAUAUAUCUUUUCAAAGUAUUACCUUGGUUCAACUAUUUUUGAUACUUUGCAUGCAGCAUUUUAUUUGGGAGUCUUAGGGUUGAUCGUUGGUACUAAGUUCCUAAGAUCUGUCGGUAAAACUAUUUAG